UCCAAGACACAGAAAACCCCCUAAACAAAUAUAAACAACCUCACACACAUCUAAACAUUAGAUCUACCAACACACUCACCAUAUCACACCUCAAAGAUCUGCAGCAAAAUGCCGGUGACGGUGAUACGGUGGCUACUGGUGGCGCUGCUAGCGGCAGUUUCCGUCAACUCAGUCCGAUCAGAUCACAAAUACAAACCUGGAGAUGAAGUGCCGUUAUACGCCAACAAAGUCGGCCCAUUUCAUAACCCUAGUGAAACAUACCGUUUUUAUGAUCUGCCUUUCUGUUUGCCAGCUCACUUAAAGGAGAAAUCUGAAGCUCUUGGUGAAGUACUGAAUGGAGAUCGUUUAGUCAGUGCUCCUUAUAAGCUUGACUUCAUGGUCGAAAAGGACUCCGAAAUCGUUUGCAAAAAAACACUAACAAAGGAAGAAGUAUCCAAAUUCCGAAGCGCUGUUACAAAAGAUUAUUAUUUCCAAAUGUACUAUGACGACUUACCUUUCUGGGGCUUUCUCGGAAAAGUUGAAAAAGACAAAACUGACCCUAGUGAAGAAAAGUAUUACCUGUUUAAACAUCUUCACUUUGAGAUCCACUACAAUAACGAUCGUGUGAUAGAGAUAAACGCAAAAGCCGAUCCUAGUGCUGUAGUGGAUCUCACCGAAGACAAGGAAGUUGAGGUCGAGUUUAUGUACACGGUGAGGUGGAAAGAAACAAAUAUUCCUUAUGAAAGUAGGAUGGAGAAAUACGCGCAGUCUUCUUCUCAACCGCAUCAUCUCGAGAUCCACUGGUUUUCGAUUAUUAACUCGUGUGUGACGGUUCUUCUCUUAACUGGUUUCCUUGCCACCAUUCUUAUGCGAGUCCUUAAGAACGACUUUGUUAAGUAUGCUCACGAUGAGGAGGCAGCUGAUGACCAAGAGGAAACCGGGUGGAAGUACAUUCACGGUGACGUUUUCCGGUAUCCGAAGUACAAAUCACUGUUUGCUGCAGCCCUAGGUUCCGGUAGCCAGCUAUUUGCUCUUGCACUUUUUAUAUUUAUUCUAGCUCUUGUUGGCGUAUUUUAUCCAUACAAUCGAGGAGCUCUGUUUACAGCACUGGUGGUCAUAUACGCACUUACGUCUGGUAUUGCUGGCUACACUGCAGCCUCGUUUUAUCACCAACUAGAAGGAACUAACUGGGUGAGAAACUUGCUGUUGACUGGCUGCCUGUUUUGCGGACCCCUCUUUCUUACCUUCUGCUUUCUAAACACUGUUGCGAUCGCUUAUACCGCUACUGCCGCACUGCCUUUUGGUACAAUCGUUGUGAUUGUUUUGAUAUGGACGUUGGUGACAUCACCAUUGCUAGUAUUGGGGGGUAUUGCUGGAAAGAACAGCAAAGCUGAGUUUCAGGCGCCUGUACGCACCACGAAGUAUCCGAGAGAGAUCCCUCCUUUGCCUUGGUACCGCAAAACCAUCCCGCAAAUGGCCAUGGCGGGUUUCCUUCCGUUCAGUGCGAUCUACAUCGAGCUUUACUACAUCUUUGCUAGCGUGUGGGGCCACAGGAUUUACACCAUUUACAGUAUUUUAUUUAUUGUUUUUAUCAUCCUCCUCAUCGUUACUGCCUUUAUCACUGUCGCGUUGACGUAUUUCCAACUUGCUGCUGAAGAUCAUGAAUGGUGGUGGAGGUCUUUUCUGUGUGGUGGUUCAACGGGUGUUUUCAUCUUUGGUUAUUGCUUGUACUACUACUAUGAGCGCUCUGACAUGUCGGGAUUCAUGCAAACAUCGUUUUUCUUUGGUUACAUGGCAUGCAUCUGCUAUGGUUUCUUUCUCAUGCUUGGGAUGGUUGGUUUCCGUGCUGCCCUGUUCUUUGUCCGACACAUAUACCGCUCAAUCAAGUGUGAAUAGAAGCUCGACAUUCAAUUUACAGUACUCCGCAGGUAUAUAUCCUAUAGCGCUGGUGCUUAUGCUACUGCCCAAUGUGAAAGCGUAAAGGUAACAAGGACCGAAUUACAUGUCAUGAGGAUGUUGAAACCGUCACUUUCUCAAUUAUGUUUAUUAGGUCAAUAAUAUGAAAUGAUGUUUAAGAUGUAGGUAGUUUGAACUAUACAGACUCGAUUUUUGACAUAUAUAGACUCGUUUCGUUUGAAACUGUAGCGUGUAAUUGAACUCUUGUUUUUGUCCGUUUAUAAAUGUGCCGUUUACAUCUUUAUUGCUA